AUGUGUGACGACGACGUAGCAGCACUUGUUAUUGAUAAUGGAAGUGGUAUGUGUAAAGCUGGUUUUGCUGGUGAUGAUGCACCCCGUGCAGUAUUUCCAUCAAUUGUUGGUCGACCACGUCAUCAAGGUGUUAUGGUUGGUAUGGGACAAAAAGAUUCGUAUGUUGGUGAUGAAGCUCAAUCAAAACGUGGUAUAUUAACAUUAAAAUAUCCAAUUGAACAUGGUAUUGUUACAAAUUGGGAUGAUAUGGAAAAAAUUUGGCAUCAUACUUUUUAUAAUGAACUUCGUGUUGCACCUGAAGAACAUCCUGUUCUUCUUACUGAAGCACCAUUAAAUCCAAAAGCAAAUCGUGAAAAAAUGACCCAAAUUAUGUUUGAAACAUUUAAUACACCAGCAAUGUAUGUUGCAAUUCAAGCUGUACUUUCACUUUAUGCAAGUGGUCGUACAACUGGUAUUGUACUUGAUUCAGGUGAUGGUGUAACACAUACAGUACCAAUAUAUGAAGGUUAUGCAUUACCACAUGCUAUACUUCGUCUUGAUUUAGCUGGAAGAGAUUUAACAGAUUAUUUAAUGAAAAUUUUAACUGAACGUGGUUAUUCAUUUGUAACAACAGCUGAACGUGAAAUUGUACGUGAUAUAAAAGAAAAAUUAUGUUAUGUUGCAUUAGAUUUUGAACAAGAAAUGGCUACAGCUGCAUCAUCAUCAUCAUUAGAAAAAAGUUAUGAAUUACCUGAUGGACAAGUUAUUACUAUUGGUAAUGAACGAUUUCGUUGUCCUGAAGCUUUAUUUCAACCAAGUUUUCUUGGAAUGGAAACAGCUGGUAUUCAUGAAACAACAUAUAAUUCAAUAAUGAAAUGCGAUAUUGAUAUACGUAAAGAUUUAUAUGCAAAUACAGUUCUUUCUGGUGGUUCAACAAUGUAUCCAGGUAUUGCUGAUCGUAUGCAAAAAGAAAUAACAUCAUUAGCACCAUCAACAAUGAAAAUCAAAAUAAUAGCACCACCUGAAAGAAAAUAUUCCGUAUGGAUUGGUGGUUCAAUUUUAGCAUCAUUAUCAACAUUUCAACAAAUGUGGAUUUCAAAACAAGAAUAUGAUGAAUCAGGUCCAUCAAUUGUUCAUCGUUUAGCAUUGUUUUAUGGUUAUGAAAUUCUUCUUCAUGGAAUUCAUCUUCUUAAACAUACAAAUCGUCUUGUUUUAUAUCGUACAAAUGAAAUAAUUCCACGUCGUCUUUAUCAAUUUCGUGCAAAUAAAAAUCAAGUACCUGUUUAUACAUUAUCAAGUAGUAAUUUUUGUACAUGUUCUUUUUAUAAAGAACAUAUAUUAAACAGACAAGAUUAUUUUGCAUGUCCACAUAAUAUAGCUAUUAAAUUACAUGAACAAAUAUUUAAAUUAAAUAAUGAUAUUGAAAUAGAAACAUUCGAUGUGUCUCAUGAAUAUAUAAUUGAUAAAAUGACUAAACUUAUUGAACAAUCUUGUGAAACUGAAUGA